AUGGACACCGAUGGAUCAUAUCCAAGGACGUGGCGGACGAUUGGCGUCUCGGCGUCCGAUCCGAACGCCGUGGAUAAUUGUCCUGUGGCGACUGUGCGCGACCGGUCAGUGAUCGGUCGGAAAAGUGAACUCGAAGCGAAGCGAACCGCAGGUAAGCGUCUGUCUGUCCGCCUGCGCCGUGUCAAAGGUCGCUCGCUGACCACCGGCUACCUGCACCGACGGGACAGCGACCGUCUUCCGUCCGACACCGAACCGGACCGAGAGUCGCUUCCAUCCGAGCGGCGGCGACAACGACGAAACGCCGCCGCAGUAGUCGUCGUCGUCGUCGCCAUCGCGUGUCACACCGACACCAAGGCGUUAUUAAUUCACGGCCAAAACACGUUACGUAAAAAGUCGCCAUCGGAUGUGGGUCAGAAGGCGAUUCGUGCGCCACCCGAUCAUCGCCGUACCCUUCAGCCAUUGGCUCCGAAGGUGUCCGAGGCCAGCCCCGCCUCAACGCGCCAAAACAAGCUGCCCGGCUGCCGACCGACCGACCAUCCGACCGACCGACCGACGGACGACCGACCAAGAAGCCAGUCCGGACAGCCGCCACCGAUACUAUCGCGGAACAUCAAGCACAACCGCCUCUUGCGAUUGGACCACCCGAGCACCGACAACAUCACGAAAGCCAACCGAGAGAUAGCGAGGUUCCGUAGUCCUUCGUUCGGACCCCCCUCCUUUCAGCCGCCACUGAUUCUGUCACCGGUCAACAAUCAAUGUCUUCAUUGA